AUGGCAGAUAGUGUAGAUUAUGAAUUAAGUGUGACCUCUAAUAUUGAUGAAUUAAAAUCAAAAAUAAAAGAUUUAACCAAUGAAAUUUCUUCUUUGCAGAAUCAACUGAAGGAACUUGCAGAUAGUUCUUCCAGGGGGAGCAAAAAGAAGGCUCAAGCUAUAAAAGAGGUUAUCGAGCAGAAAAAAGAAGACAUAGAGGUUACAAAAAGACAGAUUUCCACAGCAAAGAAUUAUACUGAAUCUAAUUCUUUGAUUAACCAUGAAAAAGCUAAAGCCAAAGCCAUAAGAGAAACUAUUGAUGCGGCCAAGGAACAGGGAAGAACUACUGGUGACCUUGUUGAUAUGGAAAAAGCCUUAUAUUCCAUAUAUAGCAGGAAUCUUAGACUUAAUGAAAAACAGCAGAUUACCCUUAAUAGGUUGCUGAAAGAGCUUUCUAACUUACAGAGAGAGAGAAAAGAAUAUAAUAAGCAAAUAAGAGAUGCCGAAACAGCCCAAAGAAGAGAAAUUCGCAAUCAGGAAAGAUUGAUAGAAACAGGUAAUAAGCUUUACAAAUCUUAUGGAGACCAGGCUUCUAUCAUUAGAGAAGUAACGAAAGUUGCUUCAAACAAUAAUCUUACCGAAAAAGAAACUCUUACCUUGGUAAGACAAUUAGUUAAUAUAAAAAAUAAAGGUGUUGAAAUCAAUUCUUCUUAUGUUUCUUCACUUGGUGAUGAAGCUGUAAAACUUAGAGAAGCAAAGAAAGAAUUAGAUAGUUAUAUUUUGUCUUUGAAGACAAAAAAUGAAGUGGAAGUUCAAGCAUACGGCAAUGUUGGUUCUGUAAGGAAACCAAUGUCGGUUUCCCAUCCUCUCUUAUAUAAGGCGAAUGAACAGCAGAAACAGUUGUAUGCUCUUAGGAGCGGAGAGUUUGCUUGGAGAGUAAAUAGUCAUAAGAAUGAACUUCAAUAUGGAACAGCUUUAUUUGAUUACAAUAACCCAGAAGCAGGCUGGAUUCAACGAUUAGCCGAAAGAGCUGCUGUUGGGGCACAAACCAUGCCUAUGGCCAAAAACAGAUAUUUGAAUAUGUAUUUGGCUAGAAAAAAACGCAGAAUUGAUAUGAAAGCAUUAGACGAGGCUUUGUCUAAUGCAGGUUUAGACCCAGAUGAAGUAUAUACUGGUGACCCAGCUAGAAUUUCUAAGGCAUCCAAAAAUAUUGACGUAUGGAAAGAUGAAGCUUCAUGGGAACAAUAUAACUUAGAUUUAGAAUUAAAAAAAGCUAGGCAGGAAAUUCAAAACGGCAACAUCUUGGCAGGUGAAUCCGAAAAGAGAAAAGUUUUAAAAGGUUCAGUACAAACUGAAGUAGAAGCUUUACGCAGAAUCCGUGAAAAUAAUAAAAAUAAAACUGUCUUGGACGAUAAAGAGUCUAAUGGGAUUUUAAGAUUACAGGAAGAAAAAAGACAAUCUCAGACAGACUGGAUGAACAAAAAUCAAAAUACAAGUGCAGAGGUUGCUGGAAGUUUAGGUGAAAAAUCUAGAAAAGAAAGAAUGGCUGAACUAAUCCAGAAAAACAAUGAAAGAUUAGCACAGAAAGAAAAACAGGGUUAUGAAGAGGCUUUAAAGAGACAAGAAAAAUUAAAUAAUGCUAUAAAGACAUCCGAAAGAGAUAUUGAUUCUAUAAUAGAUAGUAGAAGUGAAGGCGGAUACUAUCUUAAGCAACAGGAAGAGAUAAAUAGAAAAAAAGAAGCAAUUUCGCUGGCACAGAAGGAAAUUGAAGAAGAAAAGCGAUACAGGGAAGCUGUAAAAAAUAACGAUUCAUUCUUUGGAAUAAAAAAUCCUAGAGCCGCUGGGUACGAAGAAUCAAGAGCAGGUUCCUAUGAAAGAAUUUUUGCCCCAGUUAUACAACAGGAAGAUAAAGAUAGAAGAAAAGAAAUAGUUUCAUUAGCACAGAAGGAAAUUGAAGAAGAAAAGCAACGUAGAGAAGCUGUAAAAAAUAAUAAUUCAUUUUUUGGAAUAAAAAGUCCUAAAUCUAGUGAAUAUGAAGAAACAAGAGCAAGUUCCUAUGAAAGUAUCUUUGACCAGGCUAUACAAAGAGAAAAUAAUCGUAAAGCUGUCGAUGAAGCCUACAAUAGAAGAAAAAAUAAUAUAAAGAUAGAUAGAACACUUGUUAGUGCAGUAGACGCUAGUUUUGCUCCUAUGAGCCAAAAAGAAAGAGAAAAGUUGGCUCACGAUGCUUUUGUGGCUUUUGGAACUCCAGAAAAUCUUCAUGGUGCCAGAUAUUCUUUGGCUUCUAAAGAGUCUAUUAUUGCUCCAUUUAAGAAUCUGUCAGAUUUUUCAAGAUAUAAAAAUUGGCAAAACAGUCCAGAAGGACAGAAACAAGCUUUUAUUACUCAAGAAAAAUAUAAACGGUUUGAUAAGUUGAGGAAAGAACAGUGGUUGAAAGAAGCUGGGUUGGAAGAAGAGUCCAGUAGUUCUUCUCUUAACAGAAUGCAGAUGAUUCUUGCGUAUUUUGGUGGAAGUAAAAUACGGGAAGCAGUAGACGGACUUAUCGAUUUUAGGACUAAUUUGUCUGAUGCUAGGGCCGUAAUAGGUGCUUCUGCUGAACAAAUGAAUGACUUGACAAUAUCAGCAGAAAAGCUUGGGAAAACGACCGUUUUUACUGCUGGUCAGGCCGCAGAAAGUAUAAAAUAUCUUGGGAUGGCUGGUCUUAAAACGGAUGAAAUUCUUAAAGUUCUUCCAGAUACGUUGAAUCUUGCAUCGGCUGGUUCUAUAGACCUCGGUAGAGCCGCAGAUAUAGCUACCAAUGUUAUGUCGGCUUUUAAUAUGGAUGCCAAAGAAUUUUCUACAGCAGUAGAUGCUAUUGCUUUUGCGGCCGCAAACAGCAAUACGAAUGUAGAACAGCUUGCACAAGGAAUGAAGUAUGCAGGCCCUUCAGCUCAUGCCGCAGGAGUUUCGUUGAAGAGCACUACCGCUAUUCUGGGCACUUUAGCAAAUGCUGGUAUUCAGGCUUCUACUGGUGGUACUUCGUUAAGAAUGGUUUUGUCUUCUCUUUCUAAGGCCCCGACAAAAAACGCCAUAAGAGCGUUAAAAGAAAUGGGGUUGUCUUAUGAUGAAGUUUCUUUAAAGAAUAAUAAUCUUAUAGACGUUGUCAAAAAAUUGAGUGAAAGGUCUAUUACUCUUGGUCAGGCUAUAGAUAUUUUUGGGGUAAGGGCGGCAAACUCCAUUAUGGCAUUAACCUCCAAUGUAGACGAUUUGGAAAGACUUAAUCUUGGACUUGAAAAUAGUGCUGGUUCAGCUAAAAAAAUGUCGGAAAUAAAAUUAGAUAAUAUUUCUGGCGAUUUGACUCUUUUGGCUUCUGGAACAUCAAAUCUGGUUAUACAGCUGUCUAAACUUACUGGGGCUGAAAAAGCUUUUAGAGAAGUGACUCAGUCUGCCACAGGAUUUAUAAAUAUAAUAGGUUCUGGUCUUGAAAAACUUCAACAAAUGCUUGGAAUGACAAGAGAAAAAAUUGUUGUUCUUAAUGAAGAAACAGGUAAGUUUGAAGAACAACUCGAGAAGAUAAAUCCGUUAGGAGAAUUUACGUCUGAAAUAUUUAAAGAAAUAAAUAAAAUACUUGGAGUAACUAUCGGCUUAAAUCUUGCAAAUUGGGCUAUAAAUUCUGCAACUGGUUUCAAUGCUCUAACUUCAGCCGUAAAUUUAUUUAAAGACGGAAUAACUUCUGCAUCUUUAAUGUCUGCGUUGGAUAAGAUAACUGCUUUUGCGAAAGGUGGAGUUCUUGCUUCUGCUGGUUCUGCGGCAGUAAGUGUUCCUAUGAUGGUUUAUGGGGCUUAUACUGCUGGAAAUCUAAUAAAAGAAGGCUGGGAUACUCAUAGUACUCUUUCUGAAACAGAGCAACUACAGAAGAGAAACAUGGAAGAAAUAUCUUCCACAUACAAUUAUGGUGCGGCAUCUAAAAGUGAAGAAUAUCUCAUUCAGAAAUUUUCUGAAAAAUUUCUUGGAAAUGUAGAUGCAUCGGCAAAUACAAGUAGCUUAAACGGAAAGCAAAUAGCAUCAAUAGUCAGAUUUUUGAAGAAUAAUGGUGGAAGUGUAUUAAGUGAUGACAGAUUUGAUGCCAAAAACGACCUUUUAAAAUCUGCUCCAGGACUAAGGGAUAUUUAUGACCAAAUAAGUGCUUCAUUAAUCUUUACAGGAAAAGACGACAAGUUUUUGGAUGAGUUAUAUAAAGAUGUGUUAAAUUACGAAUCUGAUGUCCGAAUAAGAGAUUCUGUGAUAAACAAAAAGAAAAAUAAAAGUUUGUUGGGUAGAUAUUCAAAUGUUUCUCAAUAUUUGGAUUUUGACUCUCAAGAAUCUUUAUAUUCUAUGAAAAAUGAAGACUUAACUCCAAUGAUUAAGAAUAUUUCUGAUGCCAUGGGAAUAUUUAAUAGAACCAAAAACAAUUUAUCUGAUGCGGUCGAUUUUUAUAUGAGACUGGGUUCUAACAGUAUAAAAGCAAAGGAAAAAUAUCUGUCGGACGCUAUUACACCAUUAAGAGAAGAAGAAGAUAUUAAAAAAAUAAUAAAAAAAUAUAAGGGUAGUGAUAUUCUUCCUGUGGAGAUAGCUAAUUUGGAAGAUUUAACAGCAUUGAACAAAUUAGCUAAAAACAGGGGUGUGUCUUUAAUAGAUGUUCUUGGCUCAGAUAAUUCAGAGAUAAAGGAGUACAGAAGACUUCUUGGAAUGGAUUAUGUUGCUCCGACACAGAAAAAUCCUGCAACAAAGAAAAGCGGUAAACAGCGUUUUGAAUUAUCUUCCAGUUCAGACAUAAUGUCCUGGUUAACUGCAUAUGGAAUGAAUAUUGGGGAACAGGCUAGAAAAGAUUUUGGUACCUCUGAAAUCGAUAAAUUAUCAAAGAGUAAUGAUUUGUUGAAAGAAAAAUUGAUGAUAUCCAAUACGUCAAUAAGCACUUCUGAUAGAGAUAAAAGAUUGAAGCAGAGAGAAAGAGAACUUGAAAUAGCCCAGAAGGUAAAAGAGAUUGAAGCUAUUAGCGGUGCAGAAUCAGCAUCUUUGUACGAAAAAGAAUUGAGAAGUAAAUAUGAAAUAAUAGAUGCAACGGAAAAGGCUAAUGAAAAAUUAAAGAAAACCCAGUCUUUGUAUUCUGAUAUUUCUAGUGGAAUUGCUGAAGCUGUAGUUCAAGCUCAUAAUUUCAGAGAUGCUUUUCAGAAUCUUGGUGAUGUAGGCGUUAAUGUGAUAAAAAAACUAGCUUCGCAAUGGAUUGAAAACAAAAUGGAAAAUAUGCUUUUUGGUCUGAGCAACAAAGGGAAUAAGGGUGGAAAAAGUUUCUUCUCUCCCUUAGACCUGGUUCUUGCAUCAGCCAAAGGUAAUGUUUUUUCAAAUGGUUAUCAUCUUACAGCCUACGCAAAAGGCGGCAUUGUAAAUAAGCCUACAGUUUUUCCUAUGGCAAAAGGCAUGGGUCUGAUGGGUGAAGCUGGUGCAGAAGCAGUAAUGCCUCUUAAGAGAACAGCCAGCGGUGACCUUGGUGUUCAGGUUGCUGGAGGUUCAGGCAGAGGCGGAAUUAUUAUUUCUCCCCAGAUAACCAUAAAUGCUGAAGGUGGUUCAAAAGAAGAAAAUGAAGAUGCCGCCAAUAGAAUUAAUGAAAAAGUUCAGCAGGCUAUGGACGAUAUGAUGACAGUACACGUUUUCAGCCCAUCGGUGAUUCCUUCCGUGGGUUCCAGCGUGAACAGUUCUGCGAGAGUGCUUGUUGCCGACUUCGGUGAUGGGUACUCUCAGCGUGCGGCUGACGGUAUAAACAAUAUAGAUACUACUGUCAGCCUCCAAUGGAACAAUCUAACUGGAACUCAGGCUAAUUCUAUAGACAAUUUCUUUAUGCAGAUGGGAGGCUAUGAAUCCUUCUAUUAUACUCUCCCUACCGAAUCUAUAGCUAAGAAAUGGACUUGCGAAAAGUGGGAUAAGAGCUAUCAGACAGGUGAACUUAUGGCAGAAAAGAUUAAAUCGGUUAUUCAGAGCUUUGCUCCAGGUAAACUUGUUGAACUCUUUAUGUUUGACCUUACUCCUCUUGGAGGCCCUGUAACAUAUUGGAGUAACACCGUUAAUGGGGAUAAUCCAAUAGUAUUUAACGGUAAUGUGUAUAUUCCAAGAGCAAUGGAAGCUACUGGGUUUGAAAUGACUGGUUCUGGAACGAUUCCACAGCCUACGGUAAAGCUUUUUGCUGACGCUGGGAUAAGAGCCGCAAUGAUUCAAUUCCAGGAUUUUCUUGGAGCAAAGGUUACAAGAAUCAAGACUUUCAGCAGAUUUCUUGAUGGUGAACCAGAUGCCGACCCAGACCAGAGAUUUCCCGAUGAAGUUUACUAUGUUGCACAGAAAGAAUCGGCAACAAAGGAUGUUGUUUCUUUUAAGCUUAUGUCUGCUCUUGAAGUUAAUGGUAUGAAACUUCCAAGGAGAAUAUGUCUGAAAGAUACAUGUCCUCUUCGAUACAGGAAGUACGAUUCAGCAAGGGGUGUUUUUGUAUACACUCCAGUUGCUGACGGUGGCUGUCCUUGGGAUGGAACUGUAUAUUUUACUGCUGAAGAUAAUUCCACUCUGAGUCCAUCACAGGACAGAUGUGGUAAAAAAUUAAAUUCAUGCAGACUGAGAUAUGGCAAGAAUGUUCUUCCGUUCCUUGGUUUUCCAGGAAUAGCAAACGCAGCUGUUACCGCAUCAAAGAAGGAAGCUCCAAAGGAAAUGUGUGGAGUGUUUACAUAUUCUUCUGGUUUUAUUCAGCUUACAAAUUCUGCUGAUAGUCCAGAGGAAGGAUUUGUUAUUAAGGAAUAUGAGAAAAUAUUUGCCAACAUGGAUGAUGUGAUAGCCGUGGUUCAUUCUCAUCCAGACAAGGACUGCGAACCUUCGUCUCUUGAUUUGAUUUCCCAGAAGGCAACCUGUAUUCCAUGGUGUAUAAUUUCUCUUAAAAAUGGUGUGAAUUGUCUGUUCUGGGAGGAUAAGGACUGA